UUCUUGGGUUUUCCACAUCAAACUCCCUACCUCCCAAUCUAUUUAACACACCCUUGUACACAAUGAGGCACUCCUACCCUCCCCUUCACACUCUUGUCUCUUGAUGAGUAUUGGUCAUAAGAACACACACAAAUAAACUAGCUCAAUUCAACCCCAUAGAAGCAUAGAGACUUGAAAGGCAUCAUCAACAAAUUCAUCAUGGGAUUUCCAGUUAGUUACACAGAGCUUGUUCUGCCAAAGCUGGUUGUGCAGCUCAUUUCCAUGUUGGGUUUCAUAAGGAAACUCGUGACAAUCCUCUUCUGCUACCUGGGUCUCGACCCUGACAUUGCGUGGCCGGAGAGGAUGCCGGAGUUCCAAUCGGUGUCCGCCCUGCUCGUCGAAGAAAUCCUGCCGGUGACAAAGUUCUCGGAGCUGCAGCAGAAGGUGGACAGCAGCAGCCCUCCUCCGGAGAGCUGCGCGGUCUGCCUCUACGACUUUGAAGGAGAGGACGAGAUCAGAAGCCUCAUGAAUUGCCGCCACAUCUUCCACCGGAGCUGCCUUGACCGUUGGAUCAUGGGGUAUGAUCACAGAACAUGUCCUCUGUGCCGGACACCCUUCAUACCCCAUCAUAUUCAGCAAGAUUAUGGAUUCAAUGACACAGUCUGGGCAGCUUCUGGGAUCCCUGACUCUUACAGUUACUAGACUAGACAAUCCUAUCUCACCAUUCAUUAGUUAGUUCAUGUUUGUUUUGGCGUUACAGCCAAAUGCAAGCGGCACGUGGAUUAGAGAAGUAUGAUUUUGAUAAGUUAGCUUCAACGUCCGCUUUGAGUUCAAUCUAAAUGAACACGAAUUGAAUUGCAAGUGGUGGUUGUUGUCUUGUGUAUAGUAGAAUUAUAUAUAGAAAAAGGAAAUUAAGCUCGGAAUUGUGAUUAUGUAUUCAGAUGAAUUUUGUGAUGGUAGCUCAAGCUAGCUGCAUCUAAAUUUUGUUUCCAGAA